AUGUUGGUCACGGACCUGCCUUCCGCGGCCGUCAAGAACUUGGCCACCGUUCUGUUCACGUUGCUGGCUUUGAACGGGAUUCUUCUGAACUCGCUAUGGUGUCUAAUAUUGAUCAUGGGUCAUCGUCAUUUCUCUAGGAGACCCUUCUACAUCAUCUCUAGGCAUCUUUUAGUAUGCGACUUGUUGUGUAUCAGCGGGCAGGUGGUGCUGGCUGUUCCGUUGACUAUCAUGGAGUAUCAUAAUGCUUGGUGUAAGUGUGACUUUAGUUGGAAAAUAAAAUUAUUCCAAAUUCAAUAUGUUCUAGUAAAUAAUCUGGCUGACAAAUUUGCAAACCAAGAUUUCAAUUUUUUGUUUAACUUUAACAUAAUAAGUAAAACAUAAAAAGUAUAUAAGAUACGACAAAAUAUGUUACAGCGUACAAACGAACGGUGAUAUUUAACAUCUUCUCAACGUUUGAGACUGUUGGUCAUAUGUCAACAUUGACGUUUGUUUUCCUACAGUCUUUGAGUCAGAUUGCGCCAUUCCUUCCGAAUCAAAAACAAUUGAUCCACCAUCUCAGCUCGUCGGGUACUGUAAUUUGCAUGUUCGGAUGGAUGUUCAACAUCAGUGAGUUUUAUUAAUAUUUUAAGGUACUGGUAACUUCAUUUUAUUUUAAUGCAAUCUUCUGUUUGAAAAUAUACUUUCCUUUCUUGUUUUAAUCCACUUUAUCAUCUCUCUCAUCUAUAAUACUGUUUUCUAGUACAUUUAUGCCAUUUUAGGCCUGAUGUUCGCAAUAUACUUGACAAAAUGUCGCAAAGACUUUGACCUGUUUGACUUUCACUUUUACUUUAUUUGUACUGAAGACCGAGAACGUGCAGAGUUUAUCUGGAUGAUAUUGAACAUAAAUGUGGUUGUUAUCAUUGCCUCGGCCUACUUUAUCUACAUAAUGGGAUUCAAGAAUACGAGGAUACGAAUCGGGUAAGAUUACAGUUAAUGGCACGUACUUGAGAGUACAUGUACAGUUGUUGUAUGUGUUAUUAUGGAAAUUAAGUAAUUGUCGAAACACUUACACUUUUGGCGACAGUAUUAGUGUUGGACAAUACGUCUGACAUACUGUACUAAAAAGCCUAUUCGUUAUCUAUUUUAACUUUUCAGAGCCCUAGAAUCCAAAGGAAACCUAAACGAAGACUGUAAGAGGGAGCUGGUCGAGCUCAGGAAGAGAAGACUGAUCAUACUACAAGGUCUGUUGAUCACAUCCAUGUUGACUGCCCGGAUGAUCGCGUACUAUGUUGUUACUCCCAUGCUGAAAAGCCUUAACCGAGAUGCGCAUACUGUAGGAAGUGUACUGUCGAAUUGUGUCGAGAUGAUAAGUUCCUCGGUUCAUCCCUACAUCUACAUAAAGUACAACGAACGUGCUCACAAGUACUUCUUGAGGAUCAUAGCAUCGAUCAAGCCUCAAAGGGACGGGGAUGAGACUACCGAGUUUACUGUAGGCGACAUGUCCAGAAUCAAGUAA